AUGGACGGAGAUCCUGCGGUCGAGCCUGAGCUAGAUUCGUUCAGUCUCUUCCUACCCCUGCCUUACAGAAUCGGAGUUAUUUUCGUGCUGGGUAUAUGGGCGUGGGGUGUAAACCUUCAAUACUUGUCUUUUCUUCGAAUCGACGUUCCUGCCCUCAUACAAUACACAAGCCGAUCUGCCACAAAAGACCCUGCCUACCUCCGCACAUACAGAUUUGCGGCAAUCGCAACAUUACCACUUGCCGUUUCCAUUGUUCUAUACUGGCUCAUCACCCAUGGACAGGCUUCACUGGUCGUUGCCUGGGACAUCCUCCCACAAUCCUACCUUUUCCUCCUGGCAAUCCUUUUCCUCGUCCCUUACCAAAAGCUCUCCAUAAAUGGACGCUACAGGUUCCUAUCGACUCUUAAACGGGUCAGCAUUGGCGGAAUAGCCGAAGCAGGAGAAGGAAAGUUUGGCGACAUCCUCCUUGCCGACGUCUUGACAUCUUACGCAAAGGUUCUGGGUGAUUGGUUCGUUGCAGGCUGCAUGUUCUUCUCCCCGGGUGCGUCAUCGACAGACAGGCCUGAUCGAAGCUGUGGAGGGGCGUAUAUGGUGCCCUUGAUCAUCAUUGUACCCAGCUUAAUCCGGCUCAGGCAAUGUUUGAUCGAGUACUCAAGAGUAAAAAUGAAUCCCACUGCACACAGCGGGUGGGGCGGACAGCAUCUUGCGAACGCUUUAAAGUAUUCGAGCGCCUUUCCUGUGGUUAUUUUGAGCGCAAUGCAGCGAGGACAUGACCCAGCACGAUACGGCAUGACAGAGACUGGCCUCUUUCGCUUGUGGCUUCUUUUCGUAUUCAUUAAUUCAUUCUAUUCAUUCUACUGGGAUGUGGCCAAAGAUUGGGAUCUCACACUCUUCUCCUCCGAACGGGACAACCCCGAACAUCCCUGGGGUCUCCGACGGCACACCCAUUUUCAUACGAAGGAGAUGUAUUACGGCGCGAUUGUCAUAGACUUUAUGCUACGAUGCACAUGGAGUUUGAAGCUUUCACCGCAUUUAGACCAUUUCAAUGACUUAGAGGGCGGCAUAUUUGUGAUGGAAUUUCUGGAAGUGCUCAGGCGUUGGAUGUGGAUUUUCUUUCGGGUAGAGACAGAAUGGGUCCGCACUAAUCGUGGGCCGCUACCAGAUGAUAUCCUCAUGGGCGACAUGAAUGGUUCUCUUGACAGCCCGAAGAGCCCCGAUUUACCCAAUCCGCUCAGCCCACGGUUUCCCAAAUGA